UUUAUCAGAAUCCAAUCUCAGUGAAGUGGGUAGUCGCUGGAGUGUGCUGCUAACCUUGGCUGUACUGGUCGAAACGCUGGCAGGAUUUCUUAAGACACGCAUUAACAAAAUCAAAACACAUCAUUUUUCAAAAAAGAAGAGAACGAAAAAAACAUAAAAUACUUAAAAGGCAAUAAAUAAAAAACGACCAAUCACCGAAGUAAAAGUGUGCCCAGUGUGUGUGUGUGAUGUUUUAGAAGCUCAAAAACAGUAAUUAAAUAACGAAGAGAGAGAUAUGAAAAUGCUAACUUUUUCAUUUUUUACUGUUUAGAAGACAAGUUUAAUGAAGUAAAAACAAAAAAAAAGAUAAACAUAAAACGCAAGACAUUCCAGUGGCUGUGUGAGCGUAUCUCCGAGAGAGCAGACUUUUCCAGAAGUGGGUAAGGGAAUUUCAUCUCGAAUGAGCUUUCGGGGUUGACAGCACUGGGGACUCAACGGUCAAACCUACUACGGAACUGUUGGAACAACCACAAUGUAAUAUAAAAAGGGCGUAAUCCCGCAGACGUUUAAGAAGAUGAGGCAUUAAAGAACAGUCAUUGUGGGGAUUAGUUUUUGUUUUUUAAGAAUCCAAAAAUGAUUCCACCAAGCAACACGUUAGAGGAUGCAGACACCAUAGAAAAAAACCAACAUGAGCAGCUGGAGCAGCCACAGUCACCGACCUCAGCAGUAAGUCAGCAGGAAUCGAAGCUCCAGAAGCUGAAGAGAUCCCUAUCCUUCAAAACCAAGAGCUUGAGGAGUAAGAGUGCAGAAAACUUUUUCCAAAGAACUAACAGUGACAUGAAGCUGCAGGUGGACUUGUUAUCCAAAGUGAGCACCAGCACUGGGCAGCUGUCCACCUUGGGCAGCUUGAUCUCUUCACCCAGCAAGAGCCCGAAUCAGGUGGACUUCAGGGCGCACAGCUUCAUAGAGCACAUAUUCAAGAAACCCACCUUCUGUGAUGUAUGCAACCACAUGAUUGUCGGCACCAACACCAAACAUGGACUGCGCUGCAAGGCAUGCAAAAUGACCAUCCAUCACAAAUGUGCGAACAGUGCUGGGGAACAGCACUGCAUGGGCAAACUGCCAAAGGGAUUUCAGCGUUACUACAGCUCCCCGCUGCUCAUCCAGGAACAGUUUGGCUGCAUCAAAGAGGUGAUGCCCAUCGCCUGCGGCAGUAGGGUUGACCCAGUGUACGAGACUCUGCGCUUUGGGACCUCACUGGCGCAGAAAUCGAGGAGGACUGGGAGCACUGGGAGCGGGUCUGAAUCCCCCCACCGCAACUCUAGCUUUGACCUGGCUGAAGUACCCGAGGAAGCAGAUGCUCAUGGCAGCCUUGCCGGCCCCACCAGGAAACGCUGUGACAGUGACAGUGUAUUUACUUCACUAGAAAAUGGAACAGAACACUUUCACACUGAAGAAAAGAAGCAGGGGAACUCACUGGCAAAAAGACAACAUAAGGAUUUAUUACAGCUGAACACCUAUGUUGCCUUGUUCAAAUUUAUACCGCAGGAGAACGAAGACUUAGAAAUGAGACCAGGGGACAGAAUUAUUCUACUAGAUGACUCUAAUGAAGACUGGUGGAAGGGUACAAUUGAAGACCGGGUUGGAUUUUUUCCAGCAAACUUUGCAGACCAGGUGAAGACAGGCGAGAAAGUUUACCGAUGCACAAGAACUUUCAUCGGCUGCAAAGAACAAGGCCAGAUCAUACUGAAAGAGGGCCAGAUUUGCGUGGCCAACAAACAAGAAAACAAUGGCUUUAUCAAAGUGUCCAGUGGGAAGAAGAAGGGAUUUGUGCCCUUUGAUGUCUUAGAAAACAUUUGAUCUGAUGAAGCAGAUCCUUGUGGAGAAGAAAUCCUUGAGGCCGGUGACGCGUGCCCUCGUUUUUCACACUGUGUCGGCAGUUCUUUUGCAGACAAGAAAGAAUAUCGUGGAAACAUAAAAAAAGGCAAACAAAAGGCACUGCUUACAAAAUCCUCUGGAUAAAGAGCAAAUCUGAAAAAGAAGAUGGACUUUGAAAACCUCCACUUAGUGGUGGCUACUGUAUUGUACUGCGUCAUUUAGGAAUUGACUUAUUUCUUAGCUACUCUAAUGACAUGGCUUUUUAGAGCGCUCAGCACAGAUGAAUGUCCAAAGUCUGACCAUGUCUUGUUUAUCACUAGUUCCUUAUCUGUAGAAACGUACAUUAUGUGUCUGUCGUGUGUGGGAAUACUUAACAAAGUGUGUCUCUCUUGGUUGUCUACAUUGUAUGAAGCUUUACAGUUCUGAGGCAGAUCUGACACCCCCUAUAUUUAAAAUACUCUCAGUAACUGGACAUUUUUGUAAGGUAUAACACUGUUUUAAAUGUGAGUUUUUGAAGUCUUGCCUAGUGGUUUCUAAAACUGAUCUAUUUGUACAACCUAGUGUUUUUGUUUAGAACAAUUUUUACAUUUACAUGUAAUAAGUGAUAAAUGAACAAAUUAUUUGAACAAGCUUUUUGAAUGGUCUCUCAUCUCAUGCAUACUCUUUCAUGCACAUAAAUACCAGUUAUAAUGUAAUGCUAUUUAGUGUCUCUCCUUUGAUUCGAAAUAACUACCUCUGAUCGAAAUUUGGAGUCAACAGUUAAUUGGUAAUAUUUUCCUUAUUAUAUCUAGAUACAGAAGUUAUGAAAUACAUAAUUAAUAACCUUAAGAAAGAUGGGCAAUAAGGAGAUAGACCUCUAAGUAAAUAAUAAAAUACCAUAAAUGUCAGUUUUUUGAUCGGCAAUACAUAUUUAGAUUUAAAGAGUUAAACGCGCUAUUGUUUCAUGGCCUUGGAGCUUGAAGAAGCCACAACAUUUAGUAUGAUGCUUUUUAGAAAAUAAUAAUAAUAAUAAUAAUAAUAAUAAUAAUAAUAAUAAUAAUAAUAAUAAUAAUAAUAAUAAUAGACUUCUAUUUGGGGACCCUAAUCUGUAGAGUAUAUCUAAAUAAUCCAAUGUACAGUAAAUAUGUGUUUUUCUGAUUUAUGCCAGCAAUGGUGACAGAACCUGGUUUACUCUGUAUUUCUAAAACAACAUUUUAUCAGAAUAAUAUCACUGAACCAUGUGUUAUCUGAGGUUAAUGUGUUAGCUGUAUAACUGGUAUUGAGUUAUCUGUAAUGUGCUGAAUUUACAAGAUGCUAAAUCUAUAAUACACUUGUUAGAUUUAGGAUUACAUUUAGAAGUGAUCUACUUUGCAUUUAACAAUGACAUUUUCUAUAUUGACUUCGAUAUUUAAGACAUGCAUUUGAAAUCAAGUGCCCAAAUCACAAAGCUUUAACUUAAAAUAACUGCUCUUCAUUUCUAGUCGCAUGCCAUUGACAUGAUAUAGGCUAGAUCAUCCAAUGCCAUCCAAUAUUAGUAAGCGCCACCACCACCUAUCGAACAGCACUGUACUGAAAACAAAACUACAGGAAACCUGUUUCCAUGGUGGCAGACCACUAGAUGGUGCUGGUUCUUAUUUCUGUAAAGACACUAGAACUGAAGAGUACAUCCUGAACUCAGAUGAGAGCACCAAAAGAGAAAAAAAAAAACCUAAGAAAAUAAAUCACAUUUUCUUUGAAUAAAUAAGGUUCACUAUUAGUCAAAUUAUUCUUAAAUGGUCUGAAGUUCCAUGCAUGUUUUAUUUAUUUCACUCAAAUAGACUUCUUUAAAUAACUACGGAGUUAGAGCUUUGUGACUAGGGCCCAAUGCUACCUUUCAUUCUUUAGUCAAGAAAUGAAUACAAAUAUAUUGUAAUCAAAAGUGUUGAUAGGAGCUAGAUUGUUUUGUCUAGGUCCUACAAUUGAUUUGUAUUUAAUUUUGAAUCUAACUCUUACACUGUCUUUAGUCUGCAACUACAGUGGCACGUUAUGCAUAAAAAUAAAAAAAAAACUCCUCAAUCUAAAACAGUCUUCCAACUUUCUGGCAAUAUGUCCUGUAAUAUGUUCUGCCUCAGGGCUGUCUUUUGCCUCCUUAGCUAUACAAUGUGUAGUGAGUCAGUAGCCUGUGGUGAUACUAUUCAAUACUGCUUUUGAUAUAUAACUGUCCUUCAACAGUUAUUUGUAACAGAACUGUGGCUACAUUUUUUAAUAAUCAGGAACUGUAUAUUGUUAAAAAGCUGCCAGUAGUGUUUGGCAGCAAUGUCAUUCUCAUGAUUGGUAUAUAGUGUGGUAGAGUAGGGUGAGGAAAGAUGUAGUCCAGGGGUUGAUGCAGGACUACACACCCCAGAAUGCCAUGGGGUUGGCUCUAGUUAAGCAGGCAGGUAUAAAUAAGCAGGUCAAACUGUGUUUGAAAAGUCUGUGUGAAGACUAAGGCCGGUGUAAAGCCUGUGUGUGUGGAGACCUG